AUGUCUACACUCCAGAACGGCGUUGCCAGUCGCUCCCACACCCGAGAAGGCGGCGUGAAAAAGGCGACGGCCCCGAGCGUCCACGAUGCCAGCAACGAGGCCGAGAUGCGCGCGGCGCUGGCCGCGCUGCACGAGCGAGAGUCGGCGACACAAUCUCGGCUCGGCGCCCUAGUCGCUUCGCAGCCGGACCUCUCGCGAGACCUGGGCCGCCUGGACAUGCUGCGGGCGGGAUUGGGCGCGCAGGUCAUCGCCGCCCGGUCCAUUGGCAACGAGAUGCUGUCGUCGGCGGCCGAGACAGCCGGGCGCCUCAGCAACCGAGUCAAGGAGUUGGACCUGGAGAAGAGCAGAGUGGGGGAAACUUUGGGCGUCGUCGAGCAGGUCGCAGAGCUCAAGGCGUGCGUCAACGGCGUCGUUGGAUCCAUGGGGGCCCCCCAGGACUGGGAGGCGGCGGCCGGCUACCUGUCCCGGGCCAGCAAGAUCCCCGAGGAGAUUGCCAGAGGUGCCUUUGCGGCCAGCAUCGUGCCCAGCGUCGAGGUCCCGGACGCGCCAUGGGUGACCCUUGAGGGCGCCAGGGAGAGCCUGUGCGGCCUCUUUCUGCGCGAGUUUGAAAAGGCGGCCGAUGACGGAGACGGCGCAAAAGUGACACGCUUCUUCAAGCUCUUCCCUCUCAUCGGGAGGGCCGACGUCGGACUGGACGUCUACGGCAGAUAUGUCUGCCAGGGAGUGGCGGGGACGGCACGGGCGACGCUCAAGGACGGCGCCGGGGGCCAGACGCGCAAGGAAGGCUUCUUCUACGCCAACGCCCUGACCAAGCUCUUUGAGCACAUUGCGCAGAUUGUCGAGGGCCACGGGGCCUUGAUCGAACGGCACUACGGCGCCGGCAAAAUGGUGCGCGUCAUUGAGAGGCUGCAAGCCGAGGCGGACGUCCAGGGUGGCAUCAUCCUCGACACGUGGAGCGACGAGCGCGGCGUCGACCGCAAACUGACCGACGUCAAAAGCUACCCCUUUUCCUUUCUGGUCCAAAGCUUCCUGCCUCAACCGCCUCGAGGGGGACCGCCUCGAGGGGGCUCUCCCGCGGUGGGAGCCGGGAGCAACGCCCGGAACAGCGAGGACGAAGGCGUCAACAUGAAGGAGGUAGACGGCUUGCUUAGCGAGAUUGCCGUCAUGCUCGGACGGUGGUCCCUGUACACGCGCUUCCUCUCGGCCAAGUGCAUGGACCCGGAUAGCGGAGACAAUGCUCUGGUCAUUGCCGAUCUACUCGUCAAGUCGAACCUGUACCGCAAAGUAUCCAACAAGCUGACAGCCCCCCACAACGCCAUGACAACGUUUUUCUUUCGCCGAUCGGUGGAAAAGGCGUUUCAGCUCGACGAGUAUCCCAGAGGGCUCUCUCUCAGCAUGAACCGGCAGCUCGAGGGAAACGCGCCGUACAUCAUUCUGGCCGUGGACGAUGUCAUGUACAUUGUUGACACGGUGAUCCAGAGAUCCCUGUCAACGUCGCAGAGGGACGUCAUUGCCUCGGUCGUGCCCACCAUCGGUCGGGUAUUGGGCUCCGACUUUGUCGGCAUGAUACAACGCAAGAUGCGGGAUGAGUCGUACCCCAAGCCCGUGAUACAAGGAGGGUUUCCGCCAGAGGACAAGAUCAUCCAAUUCAUUGUCCUCAUCAACAGCCUCGAUAUGGCCAACGAGUACCUGAGCAGGAUCAUGGCCGGCCGAAUAAGCGUCGAUGAACAUGGCCCGUCGAAUCGAGUGACGCUACAAGGCCCGCUCAAAAACUCGUUUCCCUUUGACCGGGACGUUGCCUUUGUGGCCAAUGCCCUGCACACGCUGGAGACGACCCUGAUCACAAAGUCAAGCGAGCUGCUGAACGAGGGCAUCCAAGUGCUCUUCAACCAAGUCGUCAAGCUCCGGCUGCGGCCCGUGCUGAGCGAUACAUUCCGCGACGCCGACUACACGCUGAGCGAGGAGGACGUGGCCGAGAUUGCGCAGCAGAACGAGGAGUCUGAGGAGCAAGUCGUGGACCAGGUCUGCCGGCGAUUCGAGCACGGCUGGGACCACCUGAUGAAACCGAUUGCGCGGCUGAUGACCGCCAAGACUUACAGUAGCCUGCUGGACAUGACGGCGCGGCAUCUGUCGAGGGUGCUGGAGAAGAGGGUGCUGAGCUACGGCGGGCGCAUGACGGCUUUUGGUGCGAUGCGGUCUGAGCGAGACGUGACGGGCAUCGUGGACACGGUGUCGAGGGGCGACUACGGCGUCCGAGACGCUUUUGCCAGGGUGACGCAGCUGCUCAUGGUGGCCAACAUGGAGGAGGACGAGUGGGAGGAGGAGCUGCUGCUCGAGGAGGGAGAAGGCGACGGGAUCGAGUGGAUCCUGACGGACGAGGAACGGAGACGGGCGCGGAAUCUUGUGGCGGGAUGA